CGACUGAUUCUCAAAGCAGCGUCGUUUAAGCGACGGAAGAACCAGCGCGAAUCUCCUAUAUAUAGAGCCGGCGAGUGGCGGGUAAUCGGCAGCGGCAAAAUCUUCCUAUCUUCAAAAUUGAGGAGCAGAAGCGUUGUAGAGAAGAGAAGCAAGAAAAUGGCGGACCUCUACGCCUUGGACUUCGAUGGAGUUCUAUGCGAUAGCUGCGGAGAAAGCUCUCUCUCCGCCGUUAAGGCUGGCAAGCUGAGAUGGCCGGACCUGUUUACCGCCAUGGAUUCAGCCACUGAGGAGUGGAUCGUUGCUCAGAUGUACACUGUGCGGCCUGUUGUGGAAACUGGGUAUGAACUUUUGCUGCUUGUGAGGUUGUUGCUGGAGAUAAGAGUGCCAUCAACGAGGACAUCCUCGGUUGCUGAGGGACUCACAGUGGAUGCAAUAUUGGAAAGCUGGAUGAAGAUCAAACCCGUGGUCAUGGAAGAAUGGGGAGAGCAAAAUCGAGAUGAACUGAUUGAGUUUUUCGGAAAGGUCAGGGAUGAGUGGUUGGAAACGGACUUCACAACUUGGAUUGGAGCUAACAGAUUCUAUCCUGGUGUUCCUGAAGCCUUGAAAUUUGCAAGCUCCACAAUAUACAUAGUCACCACCAAACAGGGCCGAUUUGCAGACGCUUUACUGAGAGAGCUGGCAGGUGUGACAAUCCCCCCUGAAAGAAUCUAUGGUCUGGGAACCGGACCCAAAGUGGAAGUGUUGAAGCAACUUCAGAAGAGACCAGAGCACCAGGGGCUGAACCUGCAUUUCGUCGAAGAUCGGCUUGCAACCCUCAAGAAUGUGAUCAAAGAGCCAGAAUUGGAUGGAUGGAACUUGUACCUAGGUAACUGGGGAUACAACACGCGGAAAGAGAGAGAGGAAGCAGAAAGCAUCCCUCGGAUUCAGCUUCUCCACCUCUCCGACUUCACCAAGAAGCUGAAAUAGUGACACUAAUGGCUUGUAAUCGCAGAAAAGGCAGAGCUUGCUUCCCAUGUCUGUUGUAAUUGCUGCAACUAUAAGAACCCGAAAAUUCUUGUAUUCCUCUCUACCCAAGUAACUAAAGCCUAUAGCCGUCAGACAUUCAGAAACAGAUGAAAGUGGCCCUCUAGACCACAGUUGUAUAAGUAAUUGUCAUUACUUGCUUUCAUCGACUGUUAAUUGUGAUAUACACAAUCGAACGAUGGUCGUUAAUCAACGCGUUAAGAUGUUUGAACACUCGUAACAGUUAUUUGACCACACCGUUAUUUGUUCUACGAUCAUUGAUAGCAUGCAUCCAAUAGGUAUUCAUAAAUAGUUAAUCAUUGCCUCCGCAGGCAGUCAUCCGAUCAAAAUCACUGUUCAAAAGGCAUAUGGCCAUAUUUCCCAAACUAUACUAAAUAAUGCAAGAGUCGGUGAACAUAAGCAGUCACCGUCGCAGCCUUGUUUCCUAGUUCGUUGAUUAAUAAUUUCAGCAGAAUUAUUGAAGGGAGAGAGAGAGAGAGAGAGUGAUCAUCACUCGAUUAGUCAGCCAAACAAAUGAACAAUAACCAAAUCCAGCUUGGACAGUGUAUAAAGUCAAAGAGCAGACGCAUGAAAUUGUUCAUACUAGACAAGUUGUAUCUAGUAACAGCAAAAACUGUAUUAUUCUCAAUAUCGAGUGCUACUCCAAAAUGCGAGUCGUAUGCGUGACCAACCAAGUGCGAAAUUGGACGAGUUAGCUAGAAUGAGUCGGGAAUUCAUAUAUGAAAAAUAACGAACUCGAUCCUCAUAUAACCAUGUCAUAAUACACGUUUGUAAUCACGGACCACGUAAAUCCCAUGUCGUUUCGCGACCUACUCCUCCCCCCACAAGUGGUUGUUUCUUGCACAUAUGGCAUACUUCAAUAUUUCCCCGGUCAUCAUAUACGUGAGACGAUAACAUUAUUGGAUUUGGAUGGACAGAAAACUGUUUAAAAAAGGCAGAGACGGCAUGUGGGUGUGUGUAGUGCAGUCAUGCAUUCGAACGCAAAAUGAUUGAUAAGAUAAGAUAGAGAGAGUUGACUUCUUAACUUCCCCGUUACUGUCACUGUCGUCGGCCGAUGGAUCGCUCCGGGCAAUAAUUUGGGUGAAUAAAUUGUGCCGUUUCAUGCCGGCGGUGGGAAGUUUCCACAUAGCUCCAUUGGCAUGUGUAAUUGGUUGUCCGUUUUUCCACUGUAUAACGCGCUAUCUCAUCUGGCUAUAGCUAGCAAAGCUCUUAAUUUGGUAUAUUUAUUAUUUAACCGGUGCAGAACUUACUUCUUAUAAUCAAUCUUGGAUUCGAAAAAAAAAAGAAAAAAAAGAUCAAUCUUGGAUACUCGGGAAGAAAAUGAGGAACGGAUUAAUGUUAGAUGGUAGUCUAUAUCAUGUAAUAAAUCUUAAAAGUGAAAUACUAACAUCGUCCCUCAAAACUCAAGCAAUUAAUACGGGUUUGAAGGUUUGCCCGAUCCAAAAAUGGAAUCGUUAGAAUUCGAAUAGAAGACAUCUCGAUCACGGAACGAAGGCUCUGAUAUCGCGUGUUAAGAAUCAAUUUGUUUCAAUAACUCGAGUUGUUGGAGGAGGAAGUUCAAUAAUGAAUCUUAUGACACAUACUAACAAUAUCACUGGUUAACACCCUGUACCGGUAUAACAUAUUUUUCUCUCCAUAAAUUGUUAAUCACAAUGAACCCAUUUUUUCUAUGAAAAAAAUUUCAAAAUUUAAGUUAAAGGGAAGGCAGUACCAGGUGCCACCAGAGUGGUAACGAGUGUAAUGCGUGGUACAAUUUUUUUUAUCACGAAACAUAUAAUUUUUUUUAAUAAUUUGAGUCUAAACAAUGUAGACACAAAAACAAAUCUCACCCCUUAGUUAUAUGUGGCCUCACUCAAAAUCAAGAAGUCAGAUAAUGAAUAUGCACAAAUGCA